CGAAAGCUCUAGGGUAAAAGACAGAAGUAGAAAACAUGCACGCCAAGAAACACACAGAUGAUGACUCAUGACCGCCCCCCAUAUAACACAUGACCUCCACCGUGCCAUUCCUCAACCUAAUUAAACCAACCCAUUCAUUUCAAUUUCAUCAUAGUGUGAGUCUGCCAAUAUUAAUAAAUCACACUCCCAUCACAUAUAGGCUCUCCUCUCAUUCCAACAACAUGAUCACCACUCCUCCUCCUCCUCCCAUCAAUAAUCUCACCUCCCCCUCCUUCUCCGAGACUUUCGUGGCCGGAAACUUGGUUUCGGCGCAACUCUUUUUCCUUCACCACAUCCAAAUCUUGGAGCUCUUUCUGGCUCUGUGUAUUUUCAUAACCAUACACUCGUUGAGGCAGAAGAAGCGCCAUGGCCUACCCGUUUGGCCGGUGCUUGGCAUGCUACCCUCUCUCUCUUUUGCCGUACUUGGACUCCAAACCAACAACAUAUAUGAGUGGCUUUCCCAAGUUCUUUGCCACCAAAACGGCACGUUUCUAUUCCAAGGCCCUUGGUUUAGCAGCCUCUUUAGCGUCAUCACUUCAGACCCUCGUAACUUGGAGCACCUUCUCAAGACCAAGUUCUCCAAUUUUCCCAAAGGCCCUUAUUUCAGAGACACCGUUCGAGAUCUUCUCGGGGAUGGAAUAUUCAACGCGGACGACGAGACGUGGCAGCAACAAAGGAAGACGGCUAGCAUCGAGUUCCACUCAGCUAAGUUCCGGCAACUGACCGCAGAUUCGUUGUUUGAACUUGUCCAUGGUAGGCUUUUGCCCGUUUUAGAGGACUCCAUCAAACACUCGACCGCAAUCGACCUCCAAGACAUUCUUUUGAGGUUGACUUUUGACAAUGUUUGCAUGAUCGCGUUUGGGGUCGACCCUGGUUGCUUGCAGCUGGGGUUACCCAAAAUACCAUUCGCUCAGGCCUUUGAGGAUGCAACGGAAGCAACACUUAUGCGCUUCGUGACCCCAUCGUGCUUGUGGAAGACCAUGAGGUACUUAAACUUGGGCGCUGAGAGGAAGCUAAAGAGGUCCAUAAGAGGAGUGGACGAGUUUGCGGAAGACGUCAUUCGGACAAGGAAGAAAGAGCUCCCGCUACUAAUUUCUGCCACCAAUAAUUCUAAUGCUUCUAAUGAUAAGGAUAAGAAGAAUAAGCAGAUUAGAUCAGACUUGUUAACGGUUUUUAUGGGUUUGAAAGACGAGAGGGGGGAGGCGUUUUCGGACAAAUUCUAGGAUAUAUGCGUCAACUUCAUACUUGCAGGGAGAGACACGUCAUCGGUGGCACUGAGCUGGUUCUUCUGGCUGCUUCAUCACAAUCCGGAGGUGGAGCACAAGAUUCUUCAAGAAAUAUGCCGGAUUGUGGGCGCAAGAACAUCAUCUGAUCGUGAUCGUGAUCAUGAAAUUAAAAGUGACAAUGAUGAAGCAGUAGUAUUCAAGCCAGAAGAGAUAAAGAAGAUGGAGUAUCUUCAUGCAGCUCUAUCAGAGGCUCUAAGGUUGUACCCUUCAGUUCCAUUAGAUCACAAGGAGGUAGUUGAAGAUGACGUAUUUCCAGAUGGAACAAUAUUGAAGAAGGGAACAAAAGUGAUAUACGCAAUGUACAGCAUGGGGAGAAUGGAGGCGAUUUGGGGGAAGGACUGCAGGGAGUACAAGCCCGAGAGAUGGCUACGGUCAUCGGACGGCCGCUUCAUGAGCGAGUCUGCAUACAAAUUUACGGCUUUCAAUGGCGGUCCUCGCCUCUGCUUGGGCAAAGACUUCGCUUAUUACCAAAUGAAGUUCGUCGCUGCCUCCAUCAUUUACCGGUACCGUGUGAAGGUGGUCGAAAAUCAUCCGGUGGAGCCAAAGCUGGCACUGACCAUGUACAUGAAGCAUGGGUUGAAGGUCACUUUCCAAAAGCGUGACCAUGCUGAGCGCCACAAAUUACUAAAUAUAUGAUAUAUGAUAUUAAUGGGGAUUAAUAUAAUAUAGAUUAUAGUGUGUUUGGCGUUUAUGUUGUCGUAUGUAAUAAUGAUAUCGUUCAUAUAUAAAUAGUGGCAUUGCCAUAUCCCACAUACAUGGGAAGAUGAUUCAAAAUCUGUAGAGUGAUAUCGACUUGUGUAAUAUUGGAUUCUUCCUCGUAUAUGUAUUUGAAUAAUACAUGAAUUCUCUCUC